UCAUACUGUUAUAUAAUUAAUAUUCUUUUUUACAUUUACAGGUUUAUCUCAAGUCUGAAGAAACAUUUAGAGAACAAAUACCCCACUAGUCCCUGGCCAGAAAAUGUGUCGUACCCUUUGGAUGAUGAUGAUGUUAUAUCUCACGUGUAUUUCGAAGAUCAGUAUACACUGGCUGAAUAUAUUCCACUCGGAAUGACUUAUGUGAUCCUGUUUCUGUAUGUGUACUUUUCUGUCAGAAAGAUUGAACUUGUAAAAUCCAAGUGGGCCCUUGCUGUGAGUGCUGUAAUGACGAUGGUCAUGUCACUACUGAUGUCUGUGGGGCUCUGCAUAUGGUUUGGCUUGAACCCAACAUUGAAUGGCAGUGAGAUUUUCCCCUAUUUGGUCGUUGUAAUUGGACUUGAGAAUAUGUGGGUGUUGACAAAAUCUGUGGUUUCUACUCCUGUUCACUUAGAUGUAAAAGUUCGAGUUGCGCAGGGACUCAGUAAGGAAGGCUGGUUCAUCACAAAGAAUUUGUUGACAGAACUAACUGUUUUAACCUUUGCUUUCUUCACCUUUGUUCCAGCAAUUCAGGAAUUCUGUUUGUUUGCAGUGGUUGGUGUGUUUUCUGACUUCUUCCUACAGAUGGUUUUCUUUGCAACUGUGUUGUCUAUUGAUAUUAGACGAAUAGAG